UUGGGCGCAGACAUGUUGGAUUGGACUUACUUAAAAUAUUUCAAGGGAGAGAAUUCAACCAAAAGUAGGAGGCAAUGUCAAGAAUGGCAUCAGUCGUAAGAAAGAUUAUCAAGACCACGAAGGCUCCAGGAGCUGUCGGACCAUACAGUCAGGCAGUGCUGGUCAAUAACACACUGUACCUCUCCGGUCAGAUCGGACUGGAUGUCAACACCGGCACUAUUGUACCUGGAGGAGUUGUUGCAGAGUGUGAACAGGUUUUGAAGAACAUGGGUGUUGUUUUGGCUGAGGCUGGAAGUGACUACAGCAAAGUUGUCAAAUGCACUGUUCUGUUGGAUGACAUUGGGAACUUUAAUGCAGUUAAUGAGGUCUACUUAAAAUUCUUUACUACUGACAAACUGCCUGCAAGAGCAUGCUAUGCAGUCAAAGACUUGCCCAGGGUUUGUUGUUCACUUUGUUAUUGUGAGACUCAGUCAAAGACUUGCCCAGGGGAGCCAAAGUGGAGAUUGAAGCCGUUGCAAUUGUUGGGGAUGUCAAGGAUGAAUAGGGGCUGCCCAAUCAAAGGACCACAGUUUUCAGUAUUUGUAAUGAAAGGCAUUUUGGUGUCAGGCAUUUAAGUUUGGUCAUAGAAUAAGUAUGUUUGUGUUUGUGGUGUGUGUGCAAUAAGUUUUGAUUUACAUUAGAAACUUUUUUUUAUCUAAAACAACGAUAGGUAUGUUUAAUUAGAUUUAAAUGAAAUGAUAAACAAUUUUUAAUUGCUAUUUUUUAUUUGAAAAAGGAAACAAAAUCUGUUUAGUUCUUUCACACCAUUAUGAAUUGUUUCCAUGGUUAAAAAUAUGCGUCAGUUUAAUGUAUGGAAUGGUUUUGUUGUCUAUAAAUGCAUAAAAGUGUGUAUAAUACUUUAAUAGUAAUGGUAAUUAUUGGUUAAUGUGGUAAAAUUAUUUAUAAAAGAUUUUAGUGUACGUUAAUACAAAUGUCAUAAUUUUCUUAUUUUGAAUGCUCAACUAUUAAAGUAUUUAAAAUUGU